GGUGCAAGAAGCAGCGACUGCAGCAGCAGCAGUAACAGCAGCAGAAGCGUCAGCAGGAGCAGCAACAAAAAAACCCUCAUCAAAUCCUCACCUAAGCCUUCAGUGUAUCCAGAUCCACAUCUUCACUCAAGCCGGGAGAGGGAGCGAGGAAAGGGGGGGAGGAAAAAAAAAAAAAAAAAAAACCCAACAACUUAGCGAAAACUUCUCAGAGAAUGCUCCAAAACUCAGCAGUGCUCCUGGUGCUGGUGAUCAGUGCUUCUGCAACCCAUGAGACGGAGCAGAAUGACUCUGUGAGCCCCAGGAAAUCCCGGGUGGCAGCUCAGAACUCAGCUGAAGUGGUUCGCUGCCUCAACAGUGCUCUGCAGGUUGGCUGUGGGGCUUUUGCAUGCCUGGAAAACUCCACCUGUGACACAGAUGGGAUGUACGACAUCUGUAAAUCCUUCUUGUACAGCGCUGCUAAAUUUGACACUCAGGGAAAAGCAUUUGUCAAAGAGAGCUUAAAGUGCAUCGCCAAUGGGGUUACCUCCAAGGUCUUCCUCGCCAUUCGGAGGUGCUCCACUUUCCAGAGGAUGAUUGCUGAGGUGCAAGAGGAGUGCUACAGCAAGCUGAAUGUGUGCAGCAUAGCCAAGAGGAACCCCGAAGCCAUCACUGAAGUCGUUCAGCUUCCCAAUCACUUUUCCAACAGAUACUAUAACAGACUUGUCCGAAGCCUAUUGGAAUGUGAUGAAGACACAGUCAGCACAAUCAGAGACAGCCUGAUGGAGAAAAUCGGGCCCAACAUGGCCAGCCUCUUCCAUAUUCUGCAGACAGACCACUGUGCCCAACUACACCCACGAGCUGACUUCAACAGGAGGCGCACCAACGAGCCGCAGAAGCUAAAAGUCCUCCUCAGGAACCUCCGAGGUGAGGGGACCGCUCCCUCCCACAUAAAGCGCACCUCCCACGAGAGUGCAUAACCAGGGAGAGGUGUUCACAACCUCACCAAACCAGUAUCGUUUUAGGGAUGUUAAUACACCAACUUUAAGUGUACUGUGCCUGGUUUGAUUUUUUAAAGUAGUUCCUAUUUUCUAUCCCCCUUAAAGAAAAUUGCAUGAAACUAGGCUUCUGUAAUCAAUACCCCAACAUUCUGCAAUGGCAGCAUUCCCACAAACAGAAUACAUGUGAUCUUCCUGCCUCUCCUCUCUAAUCACCUUCCUUUACCACGUCCUUCCCCAGUUGCCCUCAAACUACCCUCAAACUCAAAACAUUCAUGUAAUUCCCAAGUAAUUGUAAUCUGAAGAUGUGGAGCCCUUUAGAAUGGUUGCCCCAGUAGUGUUAGCUGAUAAGAAACAACUUAAUUUAAAUGCAUGUCUUAAAAGCUCAUAAAGAUGUUAAAUGGAAUUCGUGUUAUGAAUCUGUGCUGGCCAUGGACGAAUAUGAAUGUCAUGUUUGAAUUCUUGAUCUCUAAUGAGCUAGUGUCUUAUGGUCUUGAUCCUCCAAUGUCUAAUUUCCUUUCCAACACAUUUACCAAAUUGCUCAAGCCUGGCUCUCCAACCAGACUUUGAGCCUGCAUCUUCUUGCAUCUAGUGAAAAACAAAAAGCUAACAUCUUUAUGUACUGUAACUGCUCAGAGCUUUAAAAGUAUCUUUAACAAUUGUCUUAAAACCAGAGAAUCUUAAGGUCUAACUGUGGAAUAUAAAUAGCUGAAAACUAAUGUACUGUACAUAAAUUCCAGAGGACUCUGCUUAAACAAAGCAGUAUAUAAUAACUUUAUUGCAUAUAGAUUUAGUUUUGUAACUUAGCUUUAUUUUUCUUUUUCUGGGAAUGGAAUAACUAUCUCACUUCCAGAUAUCCACAUAAAUGCUCCUUGUGGCCUUUUUUAUAACUAAGGGGGUAGAGGUAGUUUUACUCAACAUCAAAACUUAAGAUGGGCCUGUAUGAAUAGGAAAAACCAACAGGUUUAUCUGAAGGACCCCAGGUAAGAUGUUAAUCUCCCAGCCCACCUCAACCCAGAGGCUACUCUUGACUUAGACCUAUCCUGAAACAUUUUGACACAUCCAACUGGGAAUUAUGUGAACCAAAAAGAGCAUCCCUUUGGGCUUGAACCACUUACAGUGUGAUAAGGCCUAUACCGUGGAAAGUGGCAGUUCUUAAUUUGCCACCUUUUAUCAGCACCCUGUACACUGAGAAAAUGACGACAGGGUGGGAAGCUUCCCUUUAAGUCAAUCAGGAAUGAGUCAAUCAGCCUUUGGGUCUUUAGUAUGGGGGACUUGGGGCUGAGGGGGUAUAAAUAAUCCUGGGCUGUCCAGCCUUAAUAGACUCCUCUUGUAUUUUUGUCCUGUAGCACUCUGCCUGCCAAAGUAGUCCUGGCAGCUGGGCCAUCUCUGUAGGAUUGCAAAAACCAGAAAGAGGGAAAAAUAGAGCUGGUGGUUUGAUCAUUUCUGCCGUGAUGUUUACAAGAUGGCGGCCACCAAAGCCAAAUGAGUAACCUAUCUAUGAACAACAGUAGUUUCUCAGGGUCACUGUCCUUGAACCCAACAGUCCCUUAUGAGUGUCACUACCCACCAAAGGUCAAUGUUGAGAGAGGAAGAGGGAGGAGGGGUAUGACUGUAGGGGCCACUCCAAACUCGCUUAGAUAGAAACUAUUGGUGCUUGACUCUCACUAGGCUAAACUCAAGAUUUGACCAAAUCUAGUGAUAAGGAUCCUGGUGGGAGGAGGGAGGGCACAUCUCCAGAAAAAUGAAAAAGCAAUACUACUUUACCAUAAAGCCUUUAAAACCAGUAACGUGCUGCUCAAGGACCAAGAGCAAUUGCAGCAGACCCAGCAGCAGCAGCACGGAUGUGGCUGCCUUUGUUCCCACACAGCCUCUAAGCGUGCUGACAUCAGAUUGUUAAGGGCAUUUUUAUACUCAGAACUGUCCCACCCCCAGGUCCCCAAAUAUAUGGACACUGCCUUAGCCUCUUGAAAAUCAGGUAGACCAUAUUCUAAGUUGAUUCUCUCCCUCCUCAACCCUACCCUCCACUCCCAGGCAAGGCUGACUUCUCUGAACCAGAAAAGCUAUUGAAGUUUGUGUGUUGUGUCCAUUUCGUAAACCCACUAAGCCAGGACCCCAAUGCGAUAAUUAGUUCAUGAAUAUUCCUAGCAAAAGUCUCUCUUACUUCAGUCCAGUGGAUUCUCUUCUUUGCUGAGACUUCUUCAAAUCGUGGUACCCUCCCCCUAUUUCUCACAAUGAUAUUUAUAUAUGUAUCUACAAUACAUAUAUCUACACAUAUGGAAAGAAGCAGUUCUCACAAUGUUGCUAGUUUUUUGCUUCUCUUUUUCCUACCCUUCUCCCUCUAACUCCCCCUUGAACUUCCAAAGCUUCCUCUUAUGUUUUCUGCACAGAGUGAUUUGGGGGCUGACCUAGACCAGUUUGCAUGAUUCUUCUAUUGUGAUUUGGUUGCACUUUAGACAUGUUUGUGCCAUUAUAUUUGCAUUGUGUAUUUAUAAUUUAAAUGAUAUUUAGGUUUUUUGGCUGAGUACUGGAAUAAACAGUGAGCAUAUCUGGUAUAUGUCAUUAUUUAUUGUUAAAUUACAUUUUUAAGCUCCAUGUGCAUAUAAAGGUUAUGAAACAUAUCAUGGUAAUGACAGAUGCAAGUUAUUUUAUUUGCUUAUUUUUAUAAUUAAAGAUGCCAUAGCAUAAUAUGAAGCCUUUGGUGAAUUCCUUCUAAGAUAAAAAUAAUAAUAAUAAAGUGUUAAGUUUUAUCCGUUUCUUUUCCCCAAUGUCUUUCAUUGUUAUUUUUUAAAAACUUCUUGAAUGAGAAUUUCUGGGCACAAAGAUCCUGGCUGGUUAGUUUCUUUAAAGUCACUAUUCUGUGAAGUGAAUAUCAUACAGCAAUAGU